GUCAGCACCUAGCAGCCGCCUCCGCGUGGCCUUGCACGCGCUGCUUUAAGCCUUUUUCCGCCGAUUCCUAGAAAAAGGAAGAGCCGAACUUUACGCCGGAAGACGCCGUUCUGGCAUCCGUUGGCAUCGUGAAGUGUAGCCCUGAACGCGGCCUGCUGGUGUCGGAGAGCAUGUUCUUGGCCCUGGAGGAGCUGAUCCAGGCGUGCUGUGCGGAAGAUGAAGGCGUCCCUGUGAUUAUGGUGUGUGGUCCAAAAAACGUUGGGAAGUCAACGUUUAACAGAUACCUAAUUAACCUGUUACUGAAUCACCUUCCCUCCGUUGAGUAUCUGGAAUGUGAUAUAGGUCAAACUGAAUUUACACCGCCUGGGUGUGUGUCUUUAACUAACGUAACAGAGCCGUUUCUUGGGCCGCCAUUCACUCAUCAGCGAAUGCCACGUAAGAUGGUGUAUUAUGGACAGCCUAGUUGUGAGCAGGACUCUGAAAGAUACAUUGACGUAGUGAAGUACGUGUUUAACUCCUACAAGAAGGAAGUGCCUUUAGUCAUCAAUACCAUGGGCUGGGUGAAAGGUGAGGGGUUGCUGCUUCUGACCGAUAUCAUUCGGCUGUUGUCGCCCAGUCACGUUGUUCAGAUGGAUGUGUAUGACUGGAAAGCCAUGGCUCCGCUUACCCCAGAGUACGUUCAUCUUGCUCCUGGCCUGUAUACAAAGGGGAAGCAGCAAGCCAAAUGCAAGCAGAUGGAUGCAAGCGGAGCAGAAAACUGGAAGUCCUCUGAAGGGGAGAAAGACGCAGCAGUUCCCGAGUAUAAAUUGCUCUAUAUUCAUCCAGAAUUCCCUCGAGCGGGGGUUGCAGGUGAAGCCCGGGUACAUAGCAGCAUCUUACGUGACAUGGCAAUACUGGGUUACCUUGGUCAGCUGCAACCGCCAGACAUAGGAGCGGUACUUCCACUACAUAGUCUUGUGCCCUAUCAGGUACCUUUCAAUGCUGUUGCACUCAGGGUUAUUCACACUGAUGUUGCUCCUACCAACAUCAUGUAUGCUGUGAAUGCCAGCUGGGUUGGGCUCUGCAGGAUACCGGAUGAAGUCAGAUCCCAAACUGAUGGGCCGGUCUUGCUGACACAGACACCGGUCUGCGAUUGCCUUGGCUUUGGAAUUGUCCGAGGUGUUGAUAUGGAGAAGAAGCUUUAUCAUAUUCUGACUCCAGUACCUCCUGAGAACCUAAGACUAGUGAACUGUCUACUACUUGGAAAUAUCGCUGUUCCAAACUGUAUUCUUGUGAGUCAGCAAGGAAUUGAGGGAGAGAUACCUUAUGUCACAUCGGAAUAUAAUUACAGUAUCUUGGGAUCUGGGAAGCUGAAAAAGAAGAAGCACUUCAAGAGAAGGGAGUACAUGUUCCCCUGUGAUUUCACCUAAAGACUUUGAGAGCUUGAAUUACAGGAUUUGUUUUAUAUGGAGUCUUGCUAGAGCUAGGUAUGUUCACAGAAGCCCCAGCUACUGUAGAGCUCUGCGUGACCCAGAACAAGUGUCCGGUGUGGAUACUACACGUCCGUUUUUAAUAUUGUUCUUUUAUAUUUGCAACACGUAUUUUGGUGUUUUGUAAUAAAUAUCUGUUAAAAAUGUGGA